AUGAAAAACAAACUGGAAAUCGACUUUGCGGCGAGUGUGAAAUUCGACGACAAUCUGCCGGUGAACGAAGUGGAUCAGCAGAAAACAUACCAGACACAACCGCGGCGAGAAUCCGUAACGCCAAAAAUUGUGGUGUGCCCACCUUUGGAAGACAUGCCGGAACCUGUAGGUGCACCCCGUGGGACACGUUUGCUGAGAGCUCUAAGCAGACGUCUAUCCAGACGUGCGAAUGAUGUUGAUUCCUUUGACAGUUCUAGUAGCAACGACAGUGUGUCCUGCGAAAUGGGUCGAACCGACGAUCGCUCCUCUUGUUCCGCUAGUGAUUCUGGCAGCGACGGCUCCGAACACCGCCGACGCCAUCGCUCAACCGUCUCUCUAAGACGUGUAUUUCAAAAUCUAAGCCUAACAUCCCGAUCACAAUCCUGUUCGCCGACUGAACGACAACGUAAACCCAAAAAGCAGCAACAACCGAAACGUAUAUUACGACCACCAGUAACUUACACGUACGUCCGCGGCCUCUCCGGUCUGCCAACACAACGGGUACCCAGACACACAGUUUGCUGUGCAACCAUGGGCUUAAACCGAUAA